UGAUUUCAGUCGACUGCUUUAUUGUUUCGAGAAAUGAUACAGGUGUCUAAUUUUUAAAAGAGAAUGAGAUAUCACUUCUUUGUCACCCUUUAGUAAUAGUAAGUGAGUGAGUUCACCUUGUCGCCCACUUUUCGUCCACAAAUGGGCCGGUUGCCAUGGGUUUAUUGUUCUCAAAUUCAAGGGUAUUUGAGAAUUUUUACAUUUUCCAUACGAAAAAAAUCGUUGAUGUUUCCUAGCGGUUGCACAUUUUACUAUUCGAAUAGUUUAAGGGGUUGCUAUAAAUAACAUCGAAAGGGAAUUCCUCAAGUCUCGCGUUCUAAAAUCAGUUUAUUCGAAUCAUGCUUUGAGCUAGAUGUGAUGUAGGUACACACAAAAUGGAUCGGCAGUUUUGUGGUUUAAAUUUUCGUUUGAAAAUGGGUAAACGUCGACGUUUGAAUAAGUUCAUCAGUAAAUGGAUCAAGAGUGACCUCCCGGAGGAUCGCUCAACGGUGCUGCUGCUCGGCGUCACCAGGAUACCGACCUCUCCGUUACCGGCCCGUCGUCCCUGCACCCUUCCUCUCGACCCAUCCCAAACCCUUGAGAUCAGCUCCCAAAAAUCGUCAAGUGCACAGUCACGUCGGACGUCGUUUUCGACAAGACGACGACAUACUAGGAGUUCGUCGAUCAAACGACGGCCCGGCGACGAUUCAAAAUGCUCCUCAUCCUCAUGGGAGAAUCCCAACGACCACGACGACGAACUCACGUCGCCGUCUUCUAAUUGCGUAUCCGGUUAUGAAAACGCUGCUUCCACCACCGAAACGGUGAUGGACCGAUCUGUCGACUCUAUCGGGACUUGCUCUCUAGACGUUGAAGCUUCGGCUGAUCUUUCAGACUGGUCUGAAGCCUCAUCUGGUGGCACCCUCCGGAGCGCUAGCAUCAGAACCCCCACAUCUGAGCCCCAUUUACCUUCAUAUCUCAGUCUAGCCUGCACUGUAAACGGCUAUUCCACCACAACCAACUACGACCCAGUACGUCUUGCUCGUUCCAGAGACACUUCUCCCCAUCGUCUCGAUAAUGACAAUUUGACACCAAAAAAUCCACCAACAACUUAUUCCAUCCAGAACAAUCUUCUUUCACCCCCAAAUCUCGUCCCUUUACCAACCCACAUCAAGCCCAAAAUGACCGACCAUACCAUCACCCAUCAUCAUCACUACCAAUCAACCAAGACCAUGACGUUCCAAAAACACACCGAAUCUCACCAUUUCACCUCAAAAGUCUACACAAAGGAUACCAUCGACGCUUGCUACGACCACAAGAAACUCACCAAUAAAUGCAUGCCAAAAAUGAACGGACAGAGCAAAAUGAAUGUUGUUGAAACAAAAUCGUUCAUUGAGCAGAGAGUUGAGAGGUUGUACGGACCUGGGGCUCUAGCUCAGGGAUUUUUCGUCUCAAAGAAGCAAAAACAUGAAUCGGAAUGUGAGAAUUCUUAUGUGGAAGAAAACGGAAUUGAAUCGCCAAUGAAACAGAGUAAUAGUAGUCCAGCUUUGCCAGUUUUGAGACAUUUGAGACCUGAAUUUCGGGCACAAUUACCGAUUUUGAGUCCGAGGAAAGGGGUCGAGAAUUCAAUGCAGAAAAGUUGUACUGUACCUACGUUGAAAGAUGAGGUUAAAGUUAAUGGGCAUAGUAAGCAAAUUGCGGCAAGUGAAGGGGAUAAUGUUGCCAAGAUGACCAUUAAGGAAGAAACAGGUGAAAAGGACGGUCACCACUUUUUGAAAAUCCUGCAGAACGAAACGAACCGACUUUUACAACUGGCUGACAAAGUAGAAAUGGAAUUAUCCAACACUGAACUGUCUGAAGAAAUCAUCGGGAAAAUUCAUUCGGCUUCGGGGAAAGCCAGACUUUUAGUAUCACAGAAAAUGCAACAGUUCAAAGGACUAUGCACGAAUAACAUCACACAGGGUGAAAAUGAAGCUUUUCCCACCACUAAUGAGGACUUGCAAGGCUUUUGGGACAUGGUGAUGCUUCAGGUCGACCAAGUGGAUGCUCUCUUCAAGGAAAUCGAGUUGCUGAAGGCCAACAAUUGGCAAGAGGUGAAGCCAUCACAACCUGUCAAUAAUGUGACCAAUGGCAAAGCAAAGAAAAUAGUGAAUAGAGUAAAAGCAACGUCACAGGCGAGCGAAGAAGCUCGAAAGAAACGCGAAGCCCAACGAAAACAGAUGAUUGAAGAGAGGAGAAAGGCAAUGAAAGCCCAAAAACCAGUAGAAAGUAUUGAAAUAUUCGUGCCUGAAUCUAGCUGAAAUUUAUCCAAAUUUUAGAAGUUUUAUAUUUAUUACCUACAGAAUAAUAUUUUGUGAAAUUCCUUUAAGAUCUGUGGUGUAUGGUGUUUUUUGAAAAUUUUGUUGUGACCUGCACUGAAUAAUUCAUGUUAAGACUGAGUUUGAAAUUUUUUAUCAUAAUACUAAAAUAAUAACCAAAUAACUAAGUACUCUGCUGGUACAUUCCCAGUGCUUUUAUAAAACAGGUGUAUUUUUUCUUGUAAUUUUUACCAUUUGCAUGCCGAUUUGUUAUGUAAUGUUAUUGUAUAGUUAAAUUUUUUAUUACAGUUGGGUUUCUUUCCUCACACUAAAUAUUUUAUAAUUUGCGAAAUCAAAUAUAAGUAAGAAGUACCAUUUAUUAUAUUCGAAUUGUAUUUAUACACACAAUAAAUUUUCAACUUUUACCAACA